UGCCUCUGUCACCUACCUACCUACCUACCCACCUGCCUACCUGCAUCUCUCCUGACCUACCUCUUGGGUUUUUUUGUCCUUUUUUUGUGACGCUACUUACACUACGCAUCCAGGCCCACGUUCCUCUCGUUUCAACCUUCACCUUCACCUCGCGUCUAGUCUGCUGCCACUCAACUCUCAAAUUGCUCUCCGCCCUUCCGAUCCCAUCGACCGGCCCCCCCCCCCCUUCGCUUCUCCCGCAAUUGUCCAGUCAGCCAUGGCAUCGGUCGCUUGAUCGCGCACCCCCGAGAUUCCGACAUGCCUGCCAGCCGAACCCACCAGAAUGGCGCCGCCCAGUUUAAUCAGAAGCUGAAGAACCUCUUCCGUAUCAACCUUAACAGCGGCGCCGACCGAGACCGAGAGAAGUCCUCCACCGCCCAUAUUCAAACUUCCGCAGAUGCAUCAUCUCCCGCCCGCCCAGAGAUCCGGAGCAAGUUCGGUAGCAGCUUCUUCAAAGGCACCGUCGGCCGAUUGAGGACGAAUACCACCGCUAGCGAAGGCAACCCUCUCGACGAGGCUCUGAGUCCGACCGCACACGCGAACCCCUACUUUAUUCACCAGGGCCAGCCAGGCCUCCGUCACCACAACAACGAGUCGGUCCCCCCAAGUCCUCCAGAUACCCCCAACUUCAAGAUCCAGGGCCCCGACGGUGGCCCCGAGCAGCAGACGACCAGUGCCGGCAGGGAGGAAUUGGCGCGGAAACUUAGGAGAGUCGCCAGCGCACCCAAUGCCCAGGGCUUGUUCUCCAAGGGAAAGGGCAGCGCUGAGCGCCCGGCCACCGCAGAGUUGAGCAAGGAUCCUCUGGUCCUCGACAAUAACUCGGGCACCCUCGAGAUGGUCGACGCUUCCAAGGUCAACGAUUCUUCCUCCUCUAGCCUGGGCGUCCCCGACCAGGACGUCCUCGGUAACCUGCCGCCCCCGAACCGUAAUCCAGCCUUCCGGAGGACGUACAGUUCCAAUUCGAUCAAGGUUCGCGACGUCGAGGUUGGCCCCCAAAGCUUCGACAAGAUCAAGUUGAUCGGCAAGGGAGAUGUUGGCAAGGUCUAUCUGGUCCGCGAGAAGAAGAGCAGCCGGCUCUACGCCAUGAAAGUGCUGAGCAAGAAGGAGAUGAUCAAGCGGAAUAAAAUUAAGCGUGCCCUCGCCGAGCAGGAAAUCCUGGCUACGAGUAACCAUCCCUUCAUCGUCACGCUAUACCACUCAUUCCAGUCCGAGGACUAUCUGUACUUGUGCAUGGAAUACUGCAUUGGUGGAGAGUUCUUCCGAGCGCUGCAGACUCGCCCCGGCAAGUGCAUCCCCGAGGAUGACGCGCGGUUCUACGCCGCCGAGGUCACUGCGGCCUUGGAAUAUCUCCAUUUGAUGGGCUUCAUCUACCGCGACUUGAAGCCGGAGAACAUCCUGCUCCACCAAUCGGGCCACAUCAUGCUUUCGGACUUUGACUUGUCUAAGCAGUCCGAUCUCGGUGGAAAGCCCACCAUGGUCGUCGGCAAGACGGGUACCAGCACCACGUCGUUGCACAUCGACACCCGAUCAUGUAUCGCAAAUUUCCGCACCAAUUCGUUCGUCGGAACAGAAGAGUACAUCGCACCCGAGGUCAUUAAGGGUAGCGGCCACACUAGUGCGGUGGACUGGUGGACCCUGGGUAUCUUGAUCUACGAGAUGCUCUACGGAACUACUCCUUUCAAGGGCAAGAACCGGAACGCCACCUUUGCGAAUAUCCUGAGAGAAGACAUUCCUUUCCCCGAUCAUGCCGGGGCGCCGCAAUUAUCCAAUCUUUGCAAAUCCUUGAUUCGCAAGCUCCUCAUCAAGGACGAGAACCGGAGGUUAGGCGCCAAGGCUGGCGCUUCAGAUAUCAAAGCACACCCCUUCUUCAAGACAACCCAGUGGGCCUUGAUCCGCCACAUGAAGCCGCCGAUUGUCCCUGUCACGGGACGCGGCAUCGAUACCGUCAACUUCCGCAAUGUCAAAGAAAGCGAGAGUAUAGACCUCAGUGGCUCUCAUCCGAUGCAAGGCAACCUGAAGGGGGUUCCCCUAGAUAGCGGCCUGGCGACUCCUGGCGGCGAUGUUGCGGUGGAUCCUUUUGAGGAAUUCAACAGCGUCACCCUGCACCACGACGGGGAUGACGAUGACCACAAUUCACACCAGAAUGGCCAACAUUCGUGACCCUUGGCGGCGGAUGAUUGGUGAUCCGAAGUCCGUGGCUAGUGGCCAAUUCAGUUUACCAAGAGGGCUAUUUGCAAAGAGAUGACGGUUAUCGACAGAGUGUAAGAACUAGGGAUGUGGACCGACGUUGCCUACAGUCAUGGACUAUUAUUUACAAGCGACGAAAUUGAAAGGGACACGAGACUUUACGAGAGGCAGGCAAAGAAGAAGGAGAAGAAGAAGA